UGUACCAUACUACCAUUACCACCACUACGCCACCCACCUCUAGUAUUAUUUAUAAUCUCUAUGGUUGAGAGACCCCCUGCGAGUUGCUGCGAGCCUGCGAGCAAUGCUUGCGAGUCCUGUGAUCUCAUUCAUGAUAAUGGCGACCGAGAGUGUGGUCAAUUCCCUGCAACGCGAGGUCGAACUUGCUAAGGAAGGGCUGAAAAAUGUCGAUGAAAGCAUUAAAAAGCUUACCGGGAGAGAUCCGUCCGAGGCUAGAGGACCUGGUGGAAACAGAAGAAUGUUGGUGCGAAGGAAUGUUGGUGAGAGAAUUGGUGGACCUCCAGCAAAGAGAUUUAAUGCUGGGUUAGGAUUUAACAAUACUGGUCCUCGAGCCAAUCGUCGACAUUUUGGCCAAUUGGAGAGUGAUGGAGAAGAAGAGGAGGAUGAUGGGAAGAAACCCACUCUCCAGUCUUCAAUUGUUGCCAAACCAGGCCCUUCCAGGGAAGCCAUUGAAGCAAAUACAGACAACAAGACAAAGACAAGGAACAAACGAAUGUUUGGAGUACUUCUUGGAACUUUGCAAAAGUUCAAGGAAAACAGCACCAGAGAGGCUGCUAGGGAAAGAAAACGUAAGCAAAUAGAAAUCAAGUUGGAAGAGGCUGCUGCUAAAGAGAGGGAAGAAGCAUUCCGUAAAAAGAAAGAACUUUUUAGUGCCCGCAGAGAACAAAAACACAAAAUUGAAGAAUUGGAAAGGAAAAUGGAAGUAGCCGAAAUGCUUGAAGAGUGGGACACACAUGACAGAAAACUUAGCAAAUUUAUAAGAACAAAUGCAAAGCCACAUAUCUUCUACCUUCCAGCCAAGCAUAAUGAUUAUACUUUGGGAUUAUUAGAGAAAAAUUCUCAACAUGUUGAAGAAGAAAUAAAGAUCAGACGUGAAGAAAUUGUGGAAACCAUGGAAAAAAAGGAUGGUGGUGAUGAGGGACCUGGGGAGGAGUCUAUGAUUCAACAAGAUGUUGAUUUAAGUUUAAACCAGUCUGUGUUAGAGAGUGAUAAUGAAGAGAAAGAGGGGAGAAAAGUUGUUAGUGAGAAACAAAGGAAUGUAGUUUUAACAUCCAAGGAUAGUGAGAUUUUAGUUGAGAAACACAAUGAAAUAAAUGAAGUGAUGGAUAAGAGAGAGAGCAUGGAGAAUAAAGGUAUGGAAAUAAAGAAUGAUGAACUUAUAGAGAAGACAGAAAGUUACGAGAAUGAGAUGGAUGUGAAGAGUGUAGAGAAAGAAGAAAUAGACAGUGAACAGGUAGAUGAAAAUAGCGCCGAAAAAAUUGUUAAAACGAAGAAUGAAGAUGGUGAAUUGUCAGGUACACAGGGGACCCUUGAGUAUCCUAGUAAGAGUGAGGUCAUCCCAACUGAUCCCAAUGAGAACCAGGUUAUUCAUGUAAAAAUUGAAGACCCAUUAAGCAGAAAUGAAAACUUAAAAGAAAGCGAUGAGUUGGUUGACAGCAAUGUUUCUAUGGUUGGUUCUGAAGUUGGAAAUGAAGAUAAAAAAAGUGGUCAAGAACAACAAGAGUAAAACAACACAAGACGAGAAAUCCAGGAAGAAACAACCAAACUUUCAUUUGUUUCUUUUUAUAUUUAUAUUUCUUAUUAUACGCUGUGUUCUUAUAUUCAUUAUAAAUUACUUGUUUAGCUGAUAUGUUAAACCUAGUGGUUAAUAGCUGUUUAAUUGCCAUUCGAUGAUUGUUCUUAUGACAAUUAAAACUUACUCAUAAA